AUGUCAUUCACAGGAACACUGGACAAAUGCAAGGCUUGUGAUAAGACUGUAUAUUUUGUUGAUUUGUUGUCUGCUGAUGGUACAACUUACCACAAAGCAUGUUUCAAAUGCAGCCACUGCAAAGGAACUCUGGUGAUGAGCAACUACUCCUCCAUGGAUGGAGUCCUCUUCUGCAAAACUCAUUUUGAACAGCUCUUUAAAGAAUCUGGAAAUUUCAGCAAGAACUUUCAAACUUCAAAGCCUGAGAGGGAGAAUUCACUGACAAAGGUACCAAGCAAACUCUCUGCCUUGUUCUCUGGAACCCAAGAUAAAUGUUCUGCUUGCAAAAAAACUCUAUACCCUCUUGAAAAGGUGACAAUGGAGGAAGAAUCAUACCACAAGACAUGCUUCAAGUGUGCUCAUGGAGGUUGUCCCCUCACACAUUCAUCAUAUGCUGCUCUCGAUGGAAUUCUCUAUUGCAAGCACCAUUUUGCUCAGCUCUUCAUGGAGAAAGGGAACUACCAGCAUGUCCUCAAGGCUGCCACUCAUAAAAAAAGUGCAGUGAAGCCUAUUGAACCAGAGGCAGCAGAGUCAGAACCCGAGCCUGAACUCGAACCCGAACACGAACAUGACUAA